AUGGCACAAAUUACUGUACCAAAUCAUUUGUUUAAAUCGCUUCAUUUAUCUAAUCCGCAAAGUUACAAUAUCUACUUGGUAGGAUCUCGUCUGUGGGGAACUAAUACCGAUGCAAGUGAUUGGGAUCUUUUGAUCGUCGGCGAUGUCUCAUCAACGCAACUCACAAGUCUUCACAAAGCUCAGUAUGAUAUUAAAGUGCUUGAUCGACAAGAAUUCAUGCAACAUAUCAAUGACGGUUCCAUAAUCGAAACUCUGUGUGCACUGAUGCGAAAGGAAGAUAUGUUGCAGUAUGCUUUUGACAUAGGUCAGCCUACGAUUGAUCCAGCAACUAUGAAAACAUGGAUGGAAACACGGCGAGCCAAAGAUCUAGAUAAGGCUGAAAAAUUCUGGCUUAAAGGUAAUCGACAAGCGGCGUGGAAGAUUCUCCGACAUAUUUUACAUGCGAAAGUUCUCUACGAUUAUCUCGUUAUCGCUCUUCGUGAAAAACGAGUGCCACUGACGAUCGACGAUAUACAAACAAUUGUUCGUCCAGCUAGUUUACUAUGUGAUAAGUCUUGGAUGCAGCUAGACUGGUCAGAUGUGCGUGCUGCAACGAUGGAUGCAUUGGUACAGUUGUAA